AUGGCCCGCAUCUUCAUUCCUCCCCGCUACAAGGUCGUGCUCGCCAUCGUCGUAUUUUUCUUGGUGAGCUUGAUGCUGUUCGGCUCGCCAACAAACAUCGAUCACGUUCCCACCUACCAAGAGGUUUCCGAGAAGAUCAAGAACCCCAACCUACCACAAAUUCCGAAUUCGUACAAUCCGUUUGCGCCAACAGCCCACAAGCCGCCCGUCCAAGCCAACAGCUCCAGCGGCGAGACAUCAUGGUUCAGUGACUGGAAGUGGCAGAAUCCCUUUUCGUCUUCCAUUACUCUGGACGAAAACAGGGCCGUCCUCCCGCCUUUGCGGCCUCGCCAGCCCAUCUAUACAUUCUAUGAUGGCGAUGCGAAGCAGGACCCGGCCAUCCGCGAGGCCGAAGAGCAGCUGCUUCUGCAGUGGCGACGCGCUUGGUGGGCCCAAGGUUUCAAGCCUGUGGUUUUAGGUCGCGGCGAAGCCAUGAAUAACCCUUUGUAUAAGACCUUGCAGCUGGCAAACCUCAAGGAGUCGCCCGAGCUACAGAAGCUGGAGCUUGAGGUUGCCCGCUGGCUGGCAUGGGGAAACAUGGGCACUGGAAUUAUGACCAACUGGCUCACUCUUCCCAUGGCUCCUCACGAUGAUCCCUUCCUUGUCAUGCUUCGCCGUGGAGAAUAUCCUAAGCUCACGCGUUACGAGCCUCUCCGGAACGGUCUGUUCGUCGGAGAGAAGGACGCAAUCAAUGCUGCAGCCAAAGCCGCUCUGAACGAUCCUGUAAAAUUGAAAAAGGCUUCGGAUAUGGUCGAUGCAAUUCCCCAGGACAUGUGGACGAUAGACAAGCAGGGUGAUGCCAUCGCUCUUUACGACCUCGUGACCAUCAAGGACAAGUACAAAGACGUCGCCAAACUACUCGAAGGCAAGGCAAGCGCCGAAGGUCUCAAGGCUUUAGCGCAGUUGAUAAAUGCGCAUCUCCACAACACAUGGCAGAGCAACUUUGAAGAGGGCGUGAUUGUCGUCAAGCCCGUGCCAACGCACAUGACGGCGCUGAGCGAAGAGGCAAUCGACAUCGCGCGUAAUCUGACGCAGUGUUCCGAAUCGCCCAUGCCCGCCACCAACCCGCCUAACCGCAAAUACAAGGCCUGCGUCGCCUCGACGCCCAUGAAGGUCACGAUCCUGCCCGUUUUCCGCAACUCCAGCAAGGUCUUCAAUAUCGGCACCGUCCCACACCCCUACACGUUCCUCUCGCUCAACUACCAGCCCGACGUCCUCAAUGCGCGCUUCCUGCGCCGCGAAGUCAAGGAGCGCGACCUCUGGCUCGCCUCGGCUACGAAGGAGAUCCUCGGCGCUGGCCGCAGCGCUGGCACGCGCCUCUCGCACUUUAAGGAAGCUGUCGCUUCGGAGCGCGGCGCUUACCACUCGCUCUGGCUCACCGCCGAGCGCGAGUCGCAGAAGGAUCUCAACUGGAUCUUCGGCUUCAACCUGCCUAACUCGCCCCCGGACGACGGCCACUCCGAGACCCCUGUCCCCGGCCCCGAGCGCCGGCCCCCUCCCCCCAAGCCCGACGGCCCCGUCCCGACUGAGCAGGAGCUCGGCCGCGAGCGCGAGCUCAUGCGCAAGGCCCGUGACGCCAUCAAGAGCAAGGUCAAAGAGAUGAUCCGCGUCAGAGAGGCUGUCGAAGCGUGGAACAUCGCGGACGCCGAGGCGUGGCGGUUCGCCCGUGCGUUCUCGGCGCGCCGGCGUAUGGAGCGGCUGGUAUGGGAGGAAGAGGAGAGCAAGUUCGCUGGUGCCGAGAGGAGGAAGGGAAGCAGCUGGGGAAGAUGGUUCGACAAGGACAACUGA